AUGAGACCACCAUCACAGAAUAAUGAGCAAACUCGCUUACGUUUUGUUAUAACUCUGAUAAGUUUUGUAGUGUUAUGCCUAAUUAAAUGCUCAGAACAACUAUUGGAUUCACGAAUAUCAGGAAAAAGCAACAUAGAAAAUAUUUGCAGUUCUAUCAAGACUUGCCACAGUUGCAAGAAAGCAUACCAAUGCGAAUGGUGUCACGAUACUGGAUGCACUAGUUUCCCACGUUUAUAUUGUCCAAAGAGACUAUUCCUUGAAAACUUAUGGCGAAGAAAAUCGAAUGAAAGAUACUGCACUGAAAUAGUUAAUAGCCAUCCUAUUUUCGUUCCGGCCAAUGUGCGGAGAUUUAUCAACCUGGAGCUAAAAAUUGAUGAUCUCACACUGUACCAGAGGAAUAUUAUCUGUGAAAUCCGUAUAGAUUACAAGAUAAUACAAGUGACUGCAACUUUUGACGAAAAUACGGUUUACUGUGAUGUAAUGAUCUUAAAAACUAGUAGAAAUGUGUCACUUGGUUCGUUGAAAUUGAUAUGGGGUGGUGCAGAACCACAUUCAAAUGUAAUAUUAUUAAUUGUGUACAAUUGUCAAACAUUAGCACUAAAUUGCGAGCAAUGUCUUAGACUGAAUAAGGAUUUCCAAUGCGGAUGGUGUGAAGAAAAAUCAUCUUGCAGUCUCAUCGAGGAAUGUCCGAGACAAUAUGGACUUUGGAUGAACAAGAGUGUACCUUGUGAUAAUUCAAAACUUCAACGAAACGCUCAAAUGAAAUAUUGGGGCAAAUAG